AUGAGCUCCUCGUUCCGCAACUUUCUCCGCACAGCCACCCCGCGCUUCGUCCUCGGCUGGACAGUCGACUGUCUAGGCAUCUUCUGCGCCGCCAUCCUGAUCCGCGAACAUUUCUACACCAUCCAGCGCAGCGAGGGUCCCUCUAUGAUCCCCACCUUCAGCGUCCGCGGCGACUGGCUCUUGAUAUCACGACGACACGAUCAUGGCAAGAAUAUAAAAGUGGGCGAUGUGGUGCGGUUCGCGCAUCCGUCGUUUUUGGGCGUUAAUGGUGCUAAGAGGGUGAUUGGGAUGCCGGGGGAUUUUGUGUGUAAGGAUCCGGUGUAUAGCACGGAUGUCGGCGUGAAUAAUGAGAUGAUUCAGGUGCCGGAAGGACAUGUUUUUGUUGCGGGGGAUAAUUUACCUUGGUCGAGGGAUUCACGAAAUUACGGGCCUGUGCCGAUGGGGCUGAUUAAUGGCAAAAUCAUUGCGAGAGUAUGGCCGUGGUCGAAAAUGCAAUGGGUGGAGAAUAACUUACAGCCAGCAGCACAAUAA